GGCGUUCGAAUCGAGCGAUCGAGGAGCGUGAGCUAGUAGGACUCGAGCGUUCGUUCUUGCCAGUACGUUCGAGGCGAUCGGCGUGUUAUUUGUUCUCUUUUUUUUCUUUCUUUUUUCUCACAUUCGUUCGCGACUCGCGAAUUUUUCCGGAGAAUCGGAUCGCAGACAAACUCGUGUUGUUCGUUCCUGAAAAAAGAAAAGGAGACUUGCGUCGACAUCGACUCGGAUCGAAGAAAUUGGCGAUGAUCGAUUGCAGUGUCGCAGCUCGGUGCGCAAUGCAGCCUGCCGGAAGUUAGCACGUGCGCUUUCUUGCAGAGGGAAAAAUCAAGGAGAAAAUCGAACAAACGCUACGUGAGUUUAUCAUCACCGAGGUGGCGGUCGCACAAAGUUCCGACAUGAAGGGGUCUAAAAUAGACUGGAUUUUUAGAGUCCAGGUACCUAACCUGGAGAAAAAUGAAGCGGCUUAUGUGGUUGGAAAUCUACCGGAAUUAGGUGCCUGGAAUCACAACCAGGCUGUCCUAAUGUCACAAGAACAUAACAGUCGGAGAGAGUCUCCUGUACUGUUAGAUAGCAGCAACAGCGGGGAUUUCUAUAGCGAGGAUGGAGAGAACGCAGCUGACGGUAUAUUUGAAGAAGAUGGACAAAUAUUCUCGCAGAAAAUUGCUCUUCCUAUCGACGCAAAUAUCGAAUUCCGAUAUUUUGUAGCUGUCAUUUGCCAGUCCAACGGUGCUAAAAAUUCAGCCAAUACUCUGAUUAUCCGUAGAUGGGAAACUCAUAUGAGACCACGAGUAAUUAAGAAAAAUACGCCGUGCAAUUUUGACAAUGAUACGUUGCCAGAUCCUGACAAAUUUGGUUACUAUAAUAAUUACAGCAAGAUCGAACGAGGUUGGCUGACAGAUGAAACUGUGAUACAAUUUAAACUUUUUAACAAUCCUAUUAAACUCUGGAAGAGCCGAUUGCAAAACAAAAAAGUUCAUAUUAAGAUGACACCUGUAAAUCUAGUUAGGCAUAAUUCUUUAGAGCUGCAGCAGUUUGGAGGCGACUGUAUAGACGAUAGUCUUUCUAUGGAUACACAAGACAUUGUUGAUCAACCCGCCUUUACCAGUAUUACAGAAGUUGCUGUGAUGAAUGACGAAGAGGCUAGAUUCACGUCCCAGGAGCAAUUCGGCCGCCCUUACAAUGAAGACGAAUUUUUAAUCUUCAAUGUUGCCGUUCGGUAUCCUGAAACAAUCGGGUACUUAGUGGACUACUACGUGUACAGCUCAAAGUGUUUCCCAGGAGAACCACCCAAUCACAUUGGUUUCAGCUACAUCUUGCCGUGUGCUUUACAACCUAGCGUUGGACUUCUGACGGUACCUAUUACUAGUACAAAACACAGACCUAUUGGCCAAUUGACGGUGGAAUACGUUGUCAUAAAACCAAUACCGGAUCAUCCGUGGGACAUGAGCAUCUCAUACGCGAAACAUUGGGAGCAGCGUUGGUCAGGCUUAGAUGUAGGACAUAGAGGGUUGGGUACAUCCUUCAAAUUCGAAACUAAGAACUGUGCUAAUGUGCGCGAGAACACGGUUGCAUCUUUGAAGACCGCAGCAUAUCACGGUGCAGACAUGGUAGAGUUCGAUGUUCAGCUGUCGAAGGAUCUUAUACCUGUAAUCUACCACGACUUUUAUGUAUCCAUCUCGAUGAAGCGCAAGAAGCAGAUAGAAGCCAUGGAUAUGCUGGAGAUACCCGUUAAGGAUCUUACCUUAGAGCAGCUUCAUCUACUCAAGGUUUAUCAUGUAGCUGAAGCCCGUGAGAAGAAUCCAAGAUUUUUUGACGAGGAUUUGGAAGAUCAUCAGCCCUUCCCUACGCUACAAACUGUGCUGCAAGAACUCGAGCAACACGUUGGGUGCAAUAUCGAAAUUAAGUGGACCAUGCAAUUGAAGGACGGCACGUUCGAACUCAAUCAUCCCUUCGAUCUCAACAUCUAUCUAGAUAUUAUUGUAAAAGUGGUAUUAGAAUACGGGGGUGAUCGAAAAGUCGUGUUUUCUUCGUUCAAUCCGGAUAUCUGCGCAAUGAUCCGUCUCAAACAAAACAAGUAUCCAGUGGUGUUUUUAACACAAGGCAUUACAUCCAAGUAUCCCACUUAUCACGAUCCGAGAUGCCAAACGAUACCGAUGGCCAUGAGACACGCAUUAGCCGCGGAUAUCCUAGGAAUUAACGUCCAUACCGAAGAUAUUCUUCGGGAUCCGUCUCAAGUCAAGUUAGUCAAGGAUGCGGGAUUAAUUAUCUUUUGUUGGGGUGACGACAACAAUGAUAAAGAUACUAUACAAUAUCUGAAGAAACUCGGUUUGCACGCGGUCAUAUACGAUAAAAUCGAUGAAUAUAACGCGAAAGAAGUGAAGGAGAGUAUAUUCUUAGUAGAUGCUAGAGAAAGCCAGAAAGAGCUGAUAGCCUUGGCGCAUUGCAGCCAAACACCACAGACACAAAUCUCUACUCCCCUCAACACAGAAAAGGAUUAUUAUUUGAGCCGACCAUCAACAACCACGUCGUGUUUGAAGAACAAUAUGGGCGGUGAUAAUAUAUACUCCGUACCAAAUAUCAAGUUACCGACCAACUGCGAGGAGAGCAUAGAAAUUAAGGAGAUAACCAAGGAUUUCAGUGCCUGCGCGAACACUUUCGGCCAUUCGGUAAAAAACGGCAUCUCCGGUGUGACGUGUGGACAGCCAUCUCCUCUACCUGAGUUUUAUGGGGAAGACGAGGCUGCAAAGGAUUGCCUUUGAUGCUUCUCCUUCAAAAAACCCCUUUUCUCAUGGUUUUGAUGCGGAGGUAUCACUAAGAGGACUUUUACGCCAUGCGACGACGGGAAGAUAACUUUUGAUAAUUUAUGAUACGAUAGUGAUAGGCCGAAAUAUUACCGAGGAUUCGUCUGUACUUCAGUAGUCUGUGACGAACUUGUACAGAUCGUCAUACAGAUUACAUAUAAAUAAUCCGGAAUCGAAACGAUCAAUGUUGUUCUGAAAUUUGCCAAAGGAUCUAUUAUUUGCAAUCAACAUUCAGCUUUAAGUAUAACUAUGAUAUACAGCCUAUUGAGUUGAAAAGAAAUCAAACUAGCUAUGUCUAACGAUAAUAGUAAACCCAUAGAGAGUUCAAUAAAUCCUACUGGCAAAUCAUAAAAUAAUAUUGAUUGUUGCUUUAAGGUAUCGCGCGUGAUACGACAUGAAGCUAUUGUGAUGUGGAAAGAAAAUUCGAUUUACUCUUCUCAUAUUUUUUUAAUCGGUCCAUUUUUUUCGCGCAUUAUGCAACGUGUGUCGGAAAAAGUAUGUAGCCGGAUACUCGUAACAAGAAUUUUGGAAUUGAUUCCUUUUUUAAUGGGAAUAAUUUGGAGAUUCCAAAUAUAUUCAAUUAAUAUCCAAUUAAUGUGGUAGGUAAUUCUGAUCAUAUAUUUGCACUUUCCAAAUUUUAUUCAUCGAUAUCUGUGAAUUUUAAUCGAGAUGAUAAUGUUAAAUUUCGAAAUGAAUCCAAUCUCCGAAAAGAGUAUAGACAAGUAAAGAUGUAAAUGUCUGUUCUAUAUGUUUGAACAUUGAAAUCUAAGAAUUUAGGCACGCAGAGGUCUACGAAUCCAUAGAUUCAGUUAUUCGUUGAUCUAACGAUUCAGCGAUCCAAAUGCCUAAAAACGUAGAAACGUAGGAAUCUGAGAGUAUAGUUUUACUUAUAUAGAUAGUUUGUUAUUUAAUUGCUAGAUUACGUAUUUCCUGUAAUAAGAAAUUGAAAGCAAAUUGUUCAAUCCAUUAACUACCGGCAUACAACUGUUUCCACGCACUCCACGUGCACCGUAGUAACUUUUAACGAUGACUUUCUCAGUGUGCUAAUGAAUCCUGCGCAGGAUGUAGAAAAAUGAUUUAAACUCCCGCGAGUCCGCUCGCGGUGCGUCGAUACGGGAGUUGUGUUUUUAGUACAAAUGUCGUCAGGUAUAUAUCUUUAUUUAUAAUCAGAAAGAAAACACUCUAUUCUCCCGUAUCUCUUCCGCUGUCGAUUCGGAUGUUACAAUACGUGAACGAGAAGAGAAAAGACAGAAAAAAAAGUGAGCGAAGAAGACGAAGAAGAACGAGUUGCUCGUUACUCGUAGAGCAAACUAAAUGCCAUUAGUUGAUACGAUUUUUUACGAGCUGUCGAACGAAAAAUCGCGCCGAAUGCGAGAGCGGACGAUCGCGCCGCACCUCGAAUUGCCUUCUCGACAGCUGUACCUCAAGUUUUAAUAAGACCGUAACGUAAACUAUUUUUCAUAGUCAUUUAGGAAGUACUUCAUAUUCAUUUAUUUAUGUCAUCCGAUGCCAGGUGACAAUUCGCAUUCGACCAUUCGACCUGAGCGCGAGCGUAUGAAGGAAAAUAAAGAAAAAUCAUGAAAGAGGAGAA